UCUAGUCAUUCGAAGUCAGAGGCUGGAUCAGUUUACGAAAAUAAAGCAAUAUGCCCCCUUUUGGAGGAAAGUGCCAGCUCAACUACACGCGGGAGCGCAUGUGGGAACCGGGCUACCUUAAGGCCAAGUGUGCAGAGUUGCACUUGGAGGACGAGUUCCGAUUGUAUCGGAUACGCCUUUGGAAAAGUUAUUUAUGCGUAUUCGUCGAUGGAGUCGACGGGGCUGCCUGGACACAUCCAGGUGACGGAGGAGUCCGCCAAAGUUCUCGAGGAGUUUGACAUUACGUGCAUUUACCGUGGCUUAACCUUUGUGAAGGGCCGUGGAAAAAUACCAACCUACUUUGUGGGCAUCGAUGAUAACUUACAGUUUAUUUCCAGAAGGAGCUGCGAGGCUUCUUCAAGUAGCUCACCAGAUAACCUUUAUCCGUAUCUGUACGAUAAAAAAGAUGGAUAAAAACCCUUUGUUGAAAAAUUUUAAGUCUCUUGAUGAAAAACACGUAUCAAGAUUUCAUAUUGUAAGUUUUGCAUCUUAAAUUUAAAGUUUAUAUGUGUUUGAUGAAAAUUUGAGAUACGGGGCCUUACAAAAGAAACUUAAAAAUCUGUUCCAUAUUACCAUUGAAAAAAAAAAUAUAUUUUAAA